AUGGAAGCUGUGGGAAAUUUUAAUGCACUCCCUUUUGAAGGGGGUAUCACAGAUCUCGAUCUCUAUCAAUGGGAAGGUUUUUGGUAUCUACCCCCUCACUUAGAAGCUGCAAAAACCAUUAAAUCACACUUUGAAGCACGCGAUGACGAUGUCAUUUUGGCGUCUCAUGUUAAGACAGGCACACAUUGGCUCAAAGCUCUUUGUUUCUGCAUCAUGCAACGGCAAACUGGUGCUAAUGAUGUUGAAGAAGAGGACCCUCUUGUCAAAAUCACUCCCGCGUUGUGUAUAAGAACCUUAGAGGUCCAGGUUUACACACCAAAUCAUUCACCAAAUCUCUCAGGUAUGUCAUCUCCUAGACUAUUUCAUACUCACUUGCCUUGCAGUGCCUUACUAGAUUCAAUUAAGAAUUGUAAGUGUAAGAUUGUUUACAUAACUCGGAACCCAAAGGACACUCUGGUGUCAAUGUGGCAUUUUUUGAACACUCGCAGGACACCUGAACAAGGCCCGUAUCCAUUUGAGAGGGCAUUUGAGGGCUUUUGUAAUGGGGUUUGCCCUUAUGGGUCCUUCUUUGAUCAUGUGUUAGAGUAUUGGAUGGAGAGCUCAAAGAUGGCUCAUAAGAUUCUAUUCUUGAAGUAUGAGGAUCUUAGAAGUGACCCAAAACGACAGUUGAAAAGGCUGGCCUCAUUUCUUGGUAAACCAUUUGUUGAGGAGGAGGAAAUUGAUAAGUUGGUGUGGAGGUGUAGCUUGGAGAGGCUCAAGAACUUGGAGGUGAACAAGAAUGGUGUCGAGCCUUCGACAGGGUUUCCAAAUAGUGCAUUCUUGAGGCUUGGUGUUGUUGGGGAUUGGAAGAACAACUUCACUUCUGAGAUGAAAGAGUGCCUCGAUCAAAUUACUUUGAUGAAAUUCCAAGGUUCUGGCCUUGAACUCUAGCCAUAAAAAUUUGGAGCAAUUUGAAGUAUUUGAAGCUUUAAUUACUAGCCCUAGGCAAAUAAACUUCUUAGUUGUUGUUAUUUGGAGUAGAAAAUGUUUGAACAAAAAGUUGCUAAUCUAAUUUAUUAGAUUAGUAUUCUUGUUUUGUAAUUUGAUGUAUUGAUAUGGAAUUAAGUCAAUGAGUGCUUAUUUCGUUAA